CGCAGCCCGACAACGUUUGUAAUAUGUUUCAAAGAGAUGAUAUGGGCACGUCACGUAAAUAAGGCGCUUUAAAUAUUAUCUAUCCAUUUACAUAGUUGUCACGGUCACCAACGGCAAUUAAUUGUACAUAAUUACGGAGCUAUGGCGACGAAUCGAGGUGUCAUUAACCUGAGAUUUAAUCAGGACCAAGGAUGCUUUACCUGCUGCAUGGAGACUGGAAUGCGAGUUUACAAUGUGGAGCCAUUGGUUGAGAAAGCACAUUUUGAAAACGAACUAAUGGGAAGUAUAGGGAUUGGGGAAAUGCUCUGGAGAACAAACAUAGUGGCAGUAGUAGGAGGUGGAACAAGACCGAAAUUUGCCGACAACACAGUCCUGAUCUAUGAUGAUCUGACAAAAAAAUUUGUUCUCGAAAUAACAUUCACCAGCACUGUUAAAGCAGUCAGGUUACGAAGGGACAAACUGAUUGUUGCUCUGCAGCGUGAAAUUCACGUGUUCUCAUUUCCGGCACCCACAAGAAGGCUUCUUACUUUGGAAACCAGAGAAAAUCCAAAGGGCUUGGUUGAGGUUGCAACUCUUGCAACUGCACAAAAACAAUUACUUGUAUUCCCUGGUCACAAACUUGGCAGUGUUCACCUUGUGGACUUGGCUGCCACCGAUGCAGGGACUUCUAGUACACCAGCAACUCUAGUUGCUCACCAGGGUGCACUCGCUUGCUUAGCUGUGAAUGCCAGUGGUACGAUGAUAGCAACAGCAUCAGCUCAGGGCACAUUGGUCAGAGUUUGGGACAGCGUUCGCAGGCAUUUGUUGAUAGCAUUACGGAGGGGUGCUGAUCCCGCUACUCUGUAUUGCAUCAACUUCAGCAGGGAUUCGGAGUUCUUGUGCGUGUCAAGUGACAAGGGAACUGUCCACAUAUUUGCUCUGAAAGACACGCAUCUAAACCGCAGAUCAACAUUUUCAAGCAUCGGCUUCCUUGGCAAUUACGUGGAAAGUCAAUGGGCCUUAGCCACUUUUACAGUGCCCCCUGAGUGCGCCUGUGUUUGUGCGUUCGGUUCGCGAAGUUCUGUGAUCGCCGUUUGUUUGGAUGGUACUUUCCACAAGUAUGUUUUUACUGCGGAUGGAAAUUGCAACAGAGAGGCGUUCGACGUUUUCUUGGACGUGUGUGAUGACGAUUUUUAAUCAAAACAAUCUCAAAUUAUAUACAUAUAUGUACAUACAUAAAAUCUAGCUAAUUAUAGGAUUAUUUUUACGAUGCAA